AAAGUGACCGAGGAGCUCCUUUUCGAGCUUUUCCACCAGGCGGGGCCAGUAAUAAAAGUGAAAAUUCCAAAAGAUAAGGAUGGUAAACCCAAGCAGUUUGCAUUUGUGAAUUUCAAACAUGAAGUGUCUGUUCCUUAUGCAAUGAAUCUACUUAGUGGAAUAAAACUUUUUGGAAGGCCCAUCCAAGUUCAGUUUAGAUCAGGAAGUAGCCAGGCCUCACAGGAUGUUAGUUUGUCAUAUUCCCAGCAUCAUGUUGGAAAUUCAAGGCCUACCUCCACAUCUCCUAACAGACAUGAAAGGACUAUGGAUAACAUGACUCCAUCACCACAGAUAAUUCAGAGAUCUUUCUCUUUUCCAGAAAAUUUUCAGAAACAAGCAGUGAUGAACAACGUUUUGAGACAGAUGUCAUAUGGCGGGAAAUUCGGUUCUCCACAUCUUGAUCAAUCAGGAUUUUCCCCAUCAGUUCAGUCACAUAAUCAUAGUUAUAACCAGUCUUCAAGCUCCCAGUGGUGUCAAGAUACACCAUCAUCACUGCGUAAAGCCAGGCAGAGUUCUCAUCCCUACCUAGCAGACAGACCCUAUAGCCGUGAGCAGCAUUACAGAGGACACAGAGAUGAUUACUUCUAUGAAGACAGGAAUCACGAUGGCUGGAGCCAUGACCACGAUAACAGGAGAGACAGCAGUAGAGCUGGAAAGUGGCAUUCAUCUCGAAACUAGCAAGUGUUCAAAGGACAUUGUUUUUAUAGGGUCAUCCUAGGCCCUUCGGACUAAGUUGGUCUGGAAAUGUUUUGUUAAAACUGUACAGAGCAGUUUUAUAAGAUGCCACAUUUCUUUAUAAAACUUUUAAAACAUGUAGCUAUAGUCUAAUACAGAAAUGAGAAGACUUGUGAUUACUGUUUUUACAUUAAUAACCUUUCACCUCAGGGUUUCAUGAAGAAAAAGCGUUCAAUGCGCAAAAGAAAGUUCCGCAAUUUCUAAUCUUUUUAGAAAUUGAGGAAGGCAUGUGUUAUAUGUAUUGGUUGUAUCAUAAAGCAAAUAUUUUAAUGAUCUAUUCUCUAUUGUAUUGCAAGGACCUGCUUAUUAGUGAAUCACAUUUUGUGUAUAUAAUAGAAAACAUUCAAGUUGGUAGUCAAAAAUACAGUAGUAUUUUGUUAACAAAUGAGAAAAUGUAAUUUCAAUGAUUCGUUUCACUAACAUUUGAGGAAGAUUAUUGAUAAAGUUUGAGAAUAAUCAUAUUGUUUAACUUCAUAGAGAAUGUAGGUGUAUAAGG